AUGAUGACCAAUCACAAGGAAGCACAAGAAACAGCUGAUAUCUGGAAAUCAACUCCCAAGAAACAUAAAGCUGUUACGAAGAAACAUCCCAUUCUCACUGCAAAGACUGUCAGCAGUAGAGAGACACGGAUCAAAGACAUUUCUACAGGCUUGGACAAAGUAAAGACCUCUCAAGCAAACAAUAGCGUAGAAAGCUGUUCAGGUCUCUCUAUUCCAGCUAUUGAAAGCACAGUACAUAAUGACCAAUUCUUACAGUUGAAAGAAUACCUGCCACAAACAAGUGCAUACAUCAUUGAAAAGUUUCAACACCUAGAACUAGAAACCUUCCUUGCAGCACCACCAUGUGCUUUGCAAGUUCAUUUUUGGCUUCAAGUUGAUACAGCAGCAAGUGCACAGACAUGGAUACAACAGCUAGAAGAGAAAACUAAAACAACAUAUCGAAUUACAAAAGGCACUGCAUAUGGCACAACAGGGAAAAGAAUCAUUUUCAAAACUGUUCGGCUCUGCCAACAUAAAAGAAAAACACCAACAAAGAAAAUGCCAAUCAAGAAGUUUGACCAUGUCAGAGAAGGAUGUGAAAGAAGCACAAGAGACAAGAAGACAGGCUGCCCAUCUACACUCUCUGUCACAAUUAUGUCACCAGACAAACACAUGAAACAUCCACUAUAUCCAUGUUUGGUGAAACUGUUGUUCAAUCACAAUCAUCCAAUAGAUUCUGGCCAUGCUCUCAGCUUUAGACCAAUAUCUGAAACAGCCAGAAAGGCAUAUGUUCACUUGUUUGAAGAUGGCAAUUCUGCAUCUAGUGCGAGACAUGAAUAUGUCACGUCUCUUCAGCUAGAAUAUGAUGGAAGCCAAGCUAUGCAGAGAGUAUUAGCAGAUCAUUCAAUCAAUCCCAUCACUCAGGAUGUCCAGAGAUUGUUCCAAAGUUGGAGGCUUAUGACAGUAGGAGCUGAAAACGGUACGCCAAUGUUUGUAAGGCUAAAUACUGAGAUCAAUCGAUACAACAAAUUCACUGAAGCCGAUGGUGGCAAAGUGCACAUGCAACAGUAUACAGCUCACACUGACAGUAAGCUAGACAUACCUUCCCACAGCCAAGACCAUCCUUACUGCAAACCUAAAGAAGUUAAACAGCAAACAGAAAGUCCAUUUGUCCUUGCUAUUGUCACACCUCUUAUGGCAAGAGUCCACAAACUUGUUCAGCAAGCCGGAGAGAUGGUGUUUUGCGAUGCCACUGCCAGCUUGGACAGGUUAAAUACGCCAGUUUUUAUAAUCAGCGCCGCAACUGCUGCGGGGGGGCACUACCGUUAG